CCAAGGAAACCGACUAACUGCUAACCUUGAUAGCUAGCUGGUAGCUAGCUCGUGGUCCUCGAACAAAAUAGAAGACAACUUCAAAUAGCUGUUUCAGUACGUUGCCAGUCCCACACAACUGCUACCAUGGGGGUAGCACUGACCAGAGCAGCGCAAUGGACCACAGCAAGUUCUGGGACUGGAAAACUGGAGAUCACCCCAGUCAACGAGUCUCUGCUGAAAGAGAUCCUGGAGUUUGUGGAACAGUUCAGCUCCAGACACCCUCAGGAGGCUAAGCAUGUGUUCAAGGAGCCGCUCCAGUGGACUACCUCUUUGGAGGCUUCUGAUUUCAAAACAGAGUAUGACAUAAGUGGCCCCUCUGUAAAGUCGCAGGAAACAGACAAGGAUGGGCGUCCUAUGUUGCAGCUCACCCCUCCGAGCAUUUCUGUGCACAGCUUCAGUCAGCUCUCCAAAAUAGUACAGCUGGCAGAGGAUAAGAGGCUCAAUGAGGUCCGAGCUUGCCUGGAAGCCAACAGAGACCCUGUGGCGAAGAUGCUGGGGCCUAGCUUAGCCACAGUGGAGGGGGAGGACAGCUCUGUGCUGCGUCUCCUGGGGAAGGUAAAGGAGGGGGACCAGGCCAAGGAGGCUGAGAUCAAAGUGAAUCUGAUCAUCCUACUGCAGCAGCUGGACACUCAGCUCCUCAGCAACUCCCUCAAGCAGAUCUCCCAGGAGGUUAGGCUCAGUCCUGCCGCAGUGAAGAAUGAUGUCGAGCUGUUGAAAAACUUCUGCAGUGAAGGGGAGAAAAGGGUGUUGAAGUCUGUUCAAUACACAUCAGAUUAUGAGUUCACCAAUGGCUGUCGAACUCCUCCUUGGAGGCAGGUGCAUGGUGAGAUCUGCUACCUGGUGAUACAGCCAUGUGACACUGAGCCCCUGCACAUCACCUGCAGCACAGCUGGAGUCUUUCUCAACGGGGGCAUAAGGCAGGAGGGUGAGGAAAAUGCCUAUGACAGAACAAGUGAUGUCUACAAAGACCUGGUAACACUUCUGAAAAGCAAGUCUCCCCAUUUUGCAGAGAACAUAAAUAAACAGGAUUUUGCCGUUCAAAAAGAACCUCCAACACAAAAGAUCCAACAUGUGGAAUUGGUUGAUGCAGAGGAACAAGGCCAACCCCAGAGGUCUUACGAGCAUCAGGAAAAGAAUGUGCAUGAGAAGGCGAGACAACAGCUUGUGCAAAACAAGCCAGGCGGGAAAAAGAAAUUAGAACCAUCUUUAAAAUGGAAGAACCUCGGUCUCGCAUCUCCCUACGAGGAAGCAGAUGACAAGAAAUCCAAAAAGAAUGCAGCGAGUGAAAAGUUUGCUGAGACGCAGGAGAAGAUGCAGAAGAAAGCCGAUUUCUCUGUGUCCUUACCUGGUCGGCAGUCGUCUAAUAAAACUAAGGACGAUGACUUCAGUGAGAGUUCAUCAGAGAGUGAGGAGGAUGAGGAGCAGCCAGAGCGCCGGACGGAGAGCAACACAGACCUGCCCUCAGAGUACUGGCAGAUCCAGAAACUGGUCAAGUACCUCAAGGGAGGCAACCAGACGGCCACUGUGAUUGCUCUGUGCUCCAUGAGGGAUUUUAAUUUAGCCCAGGAGACGUGCCAACUGGCCAUCCGGGAUGUAGGUGGCCUUGAAGUCCUCAUUAACUUGCUGGAUACAGAAGAAAUCAAAUGCAAAAUUGGCUCUCUGAAGAUUCUGAAGGAGAUCAGCCGUAACACUCAGAUCCGCCGGGCCAUUGCUGACCUGGGGGGCCUGCAGACCAUGGUGAAGAUCUUGGACUCCCCAGACAAGGACCUAAAAUGCCUGGCCGCAGAGACCAUCGCCAACGUGGCCAAGUUCAGACGGGCCAGGAGGACAGUCAGACAGCACGGAGGGAUCAAGAGACUGGUGGAGUUACUAGACUGCGUGCCUGACUCAGCGGCCCUGACAGAGGAGCAGGAGAAGGACGUGGAGGUGGCUCGCUGCGGGGCCCUGGCCCUCUGGAGCUGCAGUAAGAGCACCAGGAACAAAGAGGCCAUCCGCAAGGCCGGGGGCAUCCCUCUUCUGGCCCGCCUGCUCAAGUCUCCCCACGAGAACAUGCUGAUCCCUGUAGUGGGAACCCUGCAGGAGUGUGCCUCAGAGAGAAGUUACAGGAUUGCCAUCCAGACGGAGGGUAUGAUCGAGGACUUGGUGAAAAACCUCAACUGUGACAACCACGAGCUACAGAUGCAUUGCGCCAGUGCCAUCUUCAAGUGUGCGGAGGACAAGCGUACCCGUGACCUGGUGCGUCAGUGCGAGGGCCUGCAGCCCCUGGUGACUCUGCUGAGCCAGGCAGACAACAAGCAGCUCCUGGCCGCCACCACCGGGGCCAUCUGGAAGUGCUCCAUCAGCAUGGAGAACGUGGCUAAGUUCCAGGAUUACAAGGCCUUGGAGACCCUGGUGGGUCUGCUGACGGACCAGCCUGAGGAGGUGCUGGUGAACGUGGUGGGCGCCCUGGGCGAGGGGGCCCAGAAACCUGCCAACAGGGCCACCAUCAGGAAGUGUGGAGGCAUCCAGCCCCUGGUCAACCUGCUGACGGGUACCAACCAGGCCCUGCUGGUCAAUGUUACCAAGGCUGUGGGAGCCUGCGCCACCGAGCCUGAGAAUAUGGCGAUCAUUGACCGUCUGGAUGGAGUGCGUCUGCUCUGGUCCUUGUUGAAAAACCCAAAUCCAGAUGUCCAGGCCAGUGCUGCAUGGGCCAUUUGUCCAUGCAUUGAAAAUGCAAAGGAUUCAGGGGAAAUGGUGCGCUCAUUUGUCGGUGGAUUGGAACUGAUUGUUAAUUUGCUGAAAUCAACAAACAAAGAGGUACUGGCGAGCGUGUGCGCCGCCAUAGCCAAAAUAGCCAAAGACGAAGAGAAUCUGGCAGUCAUCACUGACCACGGGGUUGUACCGAUGCUGGCCAAGCUGACAAACACAACUGAUGAUAAGCUGCGUCGUCACCUGGCUGAGGCCAUCGCCCGUUGCUGCAUGUGGGGCAGUAACAGGGUGUUGUUUGGGGAGGCGGGGGCCGUGGCCCCCCUCGUCCGUUACCUGAAGUCCAAGGACUCCUCGGUCCACCAGGCCACAGCUCAGGCCCUGUUCCAGCUCUCCAAGAACCCCAACAACUGCAUCACCAUGCACGACAACGGAGUGGUCAAGCUCCUGUUGGGUAUGAUGGGCUCCACUGACGAGGUCCUUCAGGAAGCUGCCGCUGGCUGUGUGGCUAACAUCCGCCGCCUGGCCCUUGCCAAUGAAAAGGCACGGUACGGUUAACCAACCACAAUGAACCCCCCCCCCAGAAGCUACUGUGACCUCAUCAUCACCUUCUGGGUAUAAUUGGAUGUCGUGGUUCCAGAUCUACUCCAGUAACCUUCCAUCCACAGAGACUCAUUUCACUAUCCCUCUAUCCUUCCCACCCAUCCCACAGAAUAUAAGAGUGAUUCCUUCUGCCUCCCUCUGUAAUAGCAGGAAGCGUUUAUUCUAUCCUACCCAUGAAUUUAGAUUAUUAUUUCAUUUGGAGUUCAUACAAACAUAUAGGAAAACUAUCUCACACUUCCUCUUGCUUUUUUCUGUUCUUAAUUUGAUAAUAGCAAUAAAUGCUUUCUUUCUCCUG